AUGGCCACGGCAACUCGUCCUCCGCGAUGGACCUCCCAGCGCAGAUUCCUCGAGCAGACGCUGGCAGACCUCCACAAGUGCUACGACCCACGGCUCGUAAGGCAGGCCCAUGCCCAGGUCUUCAAGCUCGACCUGCACCGCGACCUCUUCGUCGCGCCAAAGCUAGUAGCCGCCUACUCGCUGUGCCGCCGCAUGGCGGCCGCCGUCGCGGCGUUCGACCUCGUCGGGCAACCCAACGCUCAUCUCUAUAACACACUCAUCAGGGCCCACGCGGACAACUCCCAGCCCCUGCAAGCCUUCGCCGCUUUCUUCGCCAUGCAGCGCGCCGGCGUACUAUCCGACAACUUCACGUACCCUUGUCUCCUGAGGGCCUACACCGCCGCCGGCGAGGCGGCGGUCUCGCAGGUGGAGAUGAUCCACGCCCACAUCGUGAAGAUGGGCUUCAUGGGGGAUAUCUUCGUGCCCAACUCGCUCCUCGAUUCGUACUCCAGGUGCCGCGCGGGGGCCGGCGACUCCUCCGCAAGGAAGCUGUUCGACGAAAUGCCGCACCGGGACGUCGUCUCCUGGAACACCAUGAUAGCUGGCUUGGUGAGGUCCGGUGAAGUUGGCGCUGCCCGCAGGCUGUUCGAUAGAAUGACUGUGAGAGACACAGUGUCCUGGAACGCCAUCUUGGCCGGGUACGCCCGCGCCGGGGAGGCGGAGGAGGCUUUCGAGCUUUUCAAGAGAAUGCCGGAGAGGAACGUCGUCUCUUGGUCGACGGUGAUCUCCGGGUACUGCAAGAAGGGUGACAUGGAGAUGGCCAGGUUACUGUUCGACAAAAUGCCGGCCAGGAACCUGGUCUCAUGGACCAUAAUCAUAUCCGCGUACGCCGAAAGAGGCUGCACGCGUGAGGCGACCGCGCUAUUCCGGCAGAUGGAGGAAGCCGGGAUGAAGGCCGACGGCGCCGCCGUCGUGAGCAUCCUCUCCGCCUGCGCCGAAUCCGGGCUACUCGGACUGGGGGAGAAGGUGCAGGCGCAUAUAACCAGGACCAAGGCGAGGCGCACCACCAAGGUCUGCAAUGCGCUGCUCGACAUGUACGCCAAGUGCGGGGACCUGCGCAGGGCGUGGGGCGUCUUCCAGGCCACACCGGAGAGGGACCGGGUUUCGUGGAACUCCAUGGUGCAGGGGCUCGCCACGCACGGGCGCGGCGAGGAAGCCCUCGCGCUCUUCUCGCGGAUGGAGGAAGAAGACGGGAUUGUCCCCGACGGGGUGACCUUCCUCGGCGUGCUCUGCGCCUGCACGCAUGCCGGGCGCGUCGAGGAGGGCCGCCGGUUCUUCUCCGCCAUGGAUAGGGACUACAGCGUGACGCCGCAGAUCGAGCAUUACGGCUGCAUGGUUGAUCUCCUCGGCAGGAGCGGGCUGCUGGAAGAGGCGUUCCGAUUCGUUAAGGGGAUGCCGAUCGAGCCCAACGCCGUCGUCUGGGGGACCCUCCUCAGCGCAUGCAGGACGCACGGCGACGUAGGCCUCGCCGAGCAAGUGGCCGGGGAGCUGGCGAGGCUCCGGCCCGCGGACGCCGGGAACUUGGCCGCCAUGUCCAGCAUCUACGCCGCCGCCGGUCGAUGGGACUUCAUGGCGGCGGUGAGGACCCAGAUGAGGGCCGUCGGCGCGCAGAAGCUGACCGGGUCCAGCUCCAUCGAGGUGGACGACGUCGUCCAUGACUUCACCGCCGGCGACAGCUCGCACCCGGAGUCGGAGGGGAUCAUGAAGAUGCUCGCUGGGCUGGGGAGCCACCUCAGACUCCUGGGCUACGAUCCUCAAGGAGAUGCAGAUUCUCGAGGCACCGAUCAUUCAGCUCCCCCCAGGAUCUUGGGAUUUAACAGCGAGCAAAAACAAUGA